AUUGGCUGCUGCACUUUUCCUCCGCCCCUACCCCGGGGCAGAGAGCCGCGGCGGCGGGGGACGUUGCUUUAAGUCCCCACGCUGGAGCCGAGGCUCAGCACAGCACGGAUAGGGGCGCGGAGCGCACUGAGAACCCUACUUUCCCGUGAGCCCGAGCCCGGCAAAUGGGCGAAUGAAGAAGGAGAGCAGGGACAUGGACUGCUAUCUGCGUCGCCUCAAACAGGAGCUGAUGUCCAUGAAGGAGGUGGGGGAUGGCUUACAGGAUCAGAUGAACUGCAUGAUGGGUGCACUUCAAGAACUGAAGCUCUUACAGGUGCAGACAGCAUUGGAACAGCUGGAGAUCUCUGGAGGCGCGCCCACCUUCAGCUGCCCUAAGAGCUCACAGGAACAGACCGAGUGCCCUCGCUGGCAGGGUAGUGGAGGGCCUGCUGGGCUUGCUGCCUGUCCCUCCUCCAGUCAACCAUCUUUUGACGGCAGCCCCAAGUUUCCAUGCCGUAGGAGUAUCUGUGGGAAGGAGCUGGCUGUCCUUCCCAAGACCCAGAUGCCAGAGGACCAGAGCUGUACCCAACAAGGGAUAGAGUGGGUGGAGCCAGAUGACUGGACCUCCACGUUGAUGUCACGGGGCAGAAAUCGGCAGCCUCUGGUGUUGGGAGACAAUGUUUUCGCAGACCUGGUGGGCAACUGGCUAGACUUACCAGAACUGGAAAAGGGCGGGGAGAGGGGUGAGACUGGGGGAUCCGGUGAACCCAAAGGAGAAAAAGGUCAGUCCAGAGAGCUGGGUCGUAAGUUUGCCCUAACUGCAAACAUUUUUAGGAAGUUCUUGCGUAGUGUGCGGCCUGACCGAGACCGGCUGCUCAAGGAGAAGCCUGGUUGGAUGACUCCUAUGGUUUCUGAGUCACGAGCAGGACGCUCGAAGAAAGUCAAGAAGAGGAGCCUUUCUAAGGGCUCGGGACGGUUCCCUUUUUCCAGCACAGGAGAGCCCAGACAUAUUGAAACCCCGGCCACAAGCAGUCCCAAGGCUUUAGAACCCUCCUGUAGGGGCUUUGACAUUAACACAGCUGUUUGGGUCUGAAUUCGAGAGAUGCUCACUGACCUAAAAUGCAGACUUGUGAGGGCCCUGGGGGAGGGUGGGCAGAUGGCAUGGUCUUCAGGCCAGAUGCAAGUUCCCAUCCUCAGAAAGAAAGCAGAGUUCUUAGUCAGGCCUCAGUAGAACAGUGGAGAGAGGCUGUCACAGGCCAGGCUGAGCUGAGUCCCUGGAGAGAAUGUGUGUAUUUGUGUGUGUGUGUGUGUGUGUGUGUGUGUGUGUGUGUGUGUGUGUGUGUGUGUAUGUGUGUGUGUAUGCGUGUGCAUGCACUGUUGUUGUUAGAGGCUGGAUGUGACAAUAAUUGGGAGAGGCAGGAAAGGAGUCCAGGACAAGCCUAUGAUAUUCCUCCAUUACCUUACCCAAGACCUCAUUUGAACAUUCUAUAUGCAAAGGGGCAUUUAGCCCUCAGGUUUCCCAGAGGAACUCCCAAUAAAGACCUGUCUCAGGGACCCCCAACCAUUUUUUAAUGGUCUGCUUCCCUGACAAGGCACUGAUGCAGGCAAGGGGUUUGUUUUUGUUUUAAGGGUUGGUAUCCCAGAAUGGAGCACCGGAAAUAGGAAAAUCCCUAUUUAUAGCCCUUCCUAGGACCAAGAUUUCACCCAUGGCUGGGUGCUGGGGACGCAGAACAAGCAGAGGGGUGUGCGUGCGUGCGUGCGUGCGUGCAUGUGGUGUUGAGGAAGCCUGAGAUGCUCCCAGAUCUCUAAAGUGCAGAGGAGAAGCAAUGUGCGUUCACCCCGGUGAUUCCAUAAGCAGCCAUCUCUGAGAGCACACUCGGCUGCCAGGAGGAAAAACAGGUCAGGCCAAUCUCAUGGUUAUCAAUGGACCCUAGAGUCAUACGCUGCCUGGUCCAGCAGUGAGAGCCCAUCCUGACUCCCUGUUGCCUAUCUUAAUGCUCCUGCAGGGCAGCAGAUGGUUGGGGUGAACCCAGAGAUAAUACCCAUACAUUGAGAACAUUUCUUAGUCUACAUCUCAUAGUCAUUCAGCGAACUGGACACAUCUACCCGCAUCACCCUGGAGGUCAACAGGGGACCCUGAGGGUGGGGCUGAUGCCAGGCACUUUAUAUAGUGAGCAGGCGUGCAAGUCUGGGACCCAGGGAAUCCAUCUCAGCCCCCACCCCUUAGCCAGGAGAGAACAAAGUAGGCCCCUGUUCAAGCCCAGCUCGGAGGCUGCCUUAGCUCCUCCUUCGCCCCCUCCUGCAGACCCAGCUCAGCUUGAUGAGGUGUGACAACUGCAAUUAGAGGCAAGCCGCCUGCUGCCCCCAGAGCAUUAAGAGCAAAUUAGAGAAGAAAAAUCACAAGAGAAGCUCUUCUGCCUGCAGUCUAGACUCCCAGGGGACUGGGUGGAGGAAGGAAGAGCUUAGGGCAUAGGGAUGAGGAGGUAAAAGUAACAGCAGGAAGGGUCACCUGCAAGUUCCCACGCAGUUAAAUGAUAGGUGGCCUUUUUUUUUUUUUUUUUAAUCUGUAGCUUUUUGUCAGGCAAUGUGCCUAUCUCUUUCAGAACAAUUAAUCAGUGGGGUCAAAGGGCCCUGCCAUGCUGGCUGCCCCCAUCAGGCUACUCAAAAAGGAAAGCAGUUCCAAGCUCCAGCCUGUGGGCAUCAGGCCUAUCUGCUCUGGCCUGGUGUUUAUCAGCUAGGCUCGCUCUUUCUGGUCAAAUGGGUCCUCAUCCAUUCUGUCCCCACUGAACUUCUGUCUCUGGUGAAGGAAGGUAACUGUAGCUGCCUCUGAUGGCUGCUGCAAUGUGUGUGGAGAAUGAACAUGUGAAAACCCCACACCCUGAAGGGUGGCACAUAUGACACAUUUACUCAAGAGGACACAGGACUGGGACGGUGUAGGAAGCCAACUCAUUUGUUUUGUGGACUAGUCACUGUUCACAUUAUUUAAAUCGACUGACGUGACAGACUCCUUCUUUGACUGGGCACUGUGACAGAAGGAGAGAACUCAGCAAUGGGAAAGCUGGCCUCCACAGCUACCAAGGCACACAAAGAAAUCCAGUUAACCACCACCUGGCCAGAAAAGGGUCAAGGGACCAAAACAAAAUGAUUAGCAAGUAAUUUUGGCUUCUAAGAGAACCCACAGGUGUCUGUCACCUUGAUCUUUAUUUUUCUGCUACACCCAGGAAAUGGUUGCUCAUUUUACCCAGUAGACUCGGAGAAGUUAAUGCUUUCAAGGUCACACAGUACAAAGCUGGGAUUGAAACAGUUUGUAACUGACUUCCAAUCUUGUGUUCAUGCUACCUGGCAAACUGUCCAUAUUUGCUCCACAGCCAGAUCCAGAAUAACAUUUGUCUCCUGAGAUU